AUGUCCAUACCAUCUUCCUCUCGAUUCCUGACGCUACAUGAGAAGGCUACGCAGGAGAGCCGAUCCCUCCUAGGCAGUGGGGAGUUCGAGGAGAGUCCAGGCAUUGGAAAGAGUGAAGCUAUCAAAGAGCAGAAUGAAGUCGCCAGCCUCCAACUUGUGGCCUUUGAUCCGGAAUGUAUCGGCUCCAAGGAUAGCGAGCCAGUAUCGCAGAGUGGUACAGGGAUGAUGGAGGGCUUGGACCGAGGCCCCCUAUCGAUGAUACCGGAGGAGGCUGAGACUCACGGUGCUGGAGGCGGCUCUCUGUGCUUUAAUUCACCCAAGAAAAUCGUGGUGAAUCCUGGUAGGAAGACGCCGUCCUUCAAAUUCAGCGACGACAGCACUUUACGAGAGUCGGAUGAUAUCUCGGAUGUCCCGCUUCAUACGGGCUCACGUUCGUCCUCAUUGGGAGAUCCUUGGGCUGCUAAUUUCGGAGUGGUCGGACGGGGCUCGGGCUCAUCUACGUUGGAGGCGCUGAUUGCCGAGGGAGAGUCUUUGCUCAGCUCUGAGGAUCGCUCAGCUCAUGUUAAUAUGGUCCGCGCUACACCAGUGUUCGGCUCUGGACGGUCGAGUGCCUCGAUAUCGAUCGAGAUGAAGGGUAGCACAAAUGUCCAGGCUAACCCCAGUAAUGGGGUGAAGGUCGAGGUGGAGGGGGAAGAGAGAGAGAACCCCCCAGGUGGUGUGGCGCACAACACUAUUGCUGAAGACGAUUCAUCGAGGGAAGCGACCUUGGGGAAGACCGAGCAACAUCUGCAUAGGGAAUCCUCGCUUAGUGCAGGGAUUGUGGUCGCCACCCCUGACACUGCUAAGUAUGAGGGCCCUAUAUCGUAUGAAAGUGAUGCGCGCCGCGUUGGGACUAGUGAGAAGCCGCGUAAGCCUGUGAGCGCUGUGAACUUAAAUGACAAGGAGAACUACGGUGGGAGUGGCAAUUUAUCCAUCCCCGAUCGAGAUGGCAGCGACAGCAGUAUCUUGGUGCUGGCCUCAUGCAAGCCGCCGGACAAGCACCGGUACGGUGGCCGUCGGCGUAGUCCUGAUGCCCUUAAAGUGCCUCUUGAAGUGAGUAACGUGAUCACUGUGACAGUGAUGAUUGUGCUUAGACCCACGACCUGCAAUUAA